CGGCGGCGGCAGCAGUAGCAGCAAUAUGGCUGUUGAUGGGUGUUCGGGGUGGCGCUGGCGGCGGGAGGAGCUCCCCCGAGCCCCUGCGCCGGCUGCCCGUUGCUAGCUAUGGCAAAUGGUGGCGGCGGCGGCGGCGGCAGCAGCAGCAGCGGCGGCGGCGGCGGCGGCGGAGGCAGCAGUCUUAGAAUGAGUAGCAAUAUCCACGCGAACCAUCUCAGCCUAGACGCGUCCUCCUCUUCUUCCUCCUCCUCUUCUUCCUCCUCCUCCUCUUCCUCCUCGUCCUCGGUCCACGAGCCCAAGAUGGAUGCGCUCAUCAUCCCGGUGACCAUGGAGGUGCCGUGCGACAGCCGGGGCCAACGCAUGUGGUGGGCUUUCCUGGCCUCCUCCAUGGUGACUUUCUUUGGGGGCCUCUUCAUCAUCUUGCUUUGGCGGACGCUCAAGUACCUGUGGACCGUUUGCUGCCACUGCGGGGGCAAGACGAAGGAGGCCCAGAAGAUUAAUAAUGGCACCAGCCAGGCGGAUGGCACACUCAAGCCAGUGGACGAAAAAGAAGAGGCAGUGGCAGCCGAGGUCGGCUGGAUGACCUCUGUGAAGGACUGGGCAGGGGUGAUGAUAUCCGCCCAGACACUGACCGGCAGAGUCCUGGUUGUCUUAGUCUUUGCUCUCAGCAUUGGUGCACUUGUAAUAUACUUCAUAGAUUCUUCAAACCCAAUAGAAUCCUGCCAGAAUUUCUACAAAGAUUUCACAUUACAGAUCGACAUGGCUUUCAACGUGUUCUUCCUUCUCUACUUUGGCUUGCGGUUUAUUGCAGCCAAUGAUAAGCUGUGGUUCUGGCUGGAAGUGAACUCUGUAGUCGAUUUCUUCACAGUCCCACCAGUGUUUGUGUCUGUGUACUUAAACAGAAGUUGGCUUGGUUUGAGAUUUUUAAGAGCUCUCAGACUGAUACAGUUUUCAGAAAUUUUGCAGUUUCUGAAUAUCCUUAAAACAAGUAAUUCCAUCAAGCUGGUGAAUCUGCUCUCCAUAUUUAUCAGCACGUGGCUCACAGCAGCUGGGUUCAUCCAUUUGGUGGAGAAUUCAGGGGACCCAUGGGAAAACUUCCAGAACAACCAGGCUCUCACGUACUGGGAAUGCGUCUACUUGCUCAUGGUCACCAUGUCCACUGUUGGUUAUGGGGACGUUUAUGCAAAAACCACACUUGGGCGCCUCUUCAUGGUCUUCUUCAUCCUCGGGGGACUGGCCAUGUUUGCCAGCUACGUCCCUGAAAUCAUAGAGUUAAUAGGAAACCGCAAGAAAUACGGGGGCUCCUAUAGUGCGGUUAGUGGAAGAAAGCACAUUGUAGUCUGUGGACACAUCACGCUGGAGAGUGUUUCCAACUUCCUGAAGGACUUUCUGCACAAGGAUCGGGAUGAUGUCAAUGUGGAGAUCGUCUUUCUUCACAACAUUUCCCCUAACCUGGAACUUGAAGCUCUGUUCAAACGACAUUUUACUCAGGUGGAAUUUUAUCAGGGUUCAGUCCUCAAUCCACAUGAUCUUGCAAGAGUCAAGAUAGAGUCAGCAGAUGCGUGCCUAAUCCUUGCCAAUAAGUACUGCGCUGACCCCGAUGCUGAGGACGCCUCCAACAUCAUGAGAGUCAUCUCCAUAAAGAACUACCAUCCUAAGAUAAGAAUCAUCACCCAGAUGCUACAGUAUCACAACAAGGCCCAUCUGCUAAACAUCCCAAGCUGGAAUUGGAAAGAGGGUGAUGAUGCAAUCUGCCUCGCAGAGCUGAAGCUGGGCUUCAUAGCCCAGAGCUGCCUGGCCCAAGGUCUCUCCACCAUGCUCGCCAACCUCUUCUCCAUGAGGUCAUUCAUAAAGAUUGAGGAAGACACCUGGCAGAAAUACUACUUGGAAGGCGUCUCAAAUGAAAUGUACACAGAAUAUCUCUCCAGUGCCUUUGUGGGUCUGUCCUUCCCUACUGUUUGUGAGCUGUGUUUUGUGAAGCUCAAGCUCCUAAUGAUAGCCAUUGAAUACAAGUCUGCCAACCGGGAGAGCCGUAUAUUAAUUAAUCCUGGAAACCAUCUUAAGAUCCAAGAAGGUACUUUAGGAUUUUUCAUCGCAAGUGAUGCCAAAGAAGUUAAAAGGGCAUUUUUUUACUGCAAAGCCUGUCAUGAUGACAUCACAGAUCCCAAAAGAAUAAAAAAAUGCGGCUGCAAAAGGCUGAUAUAUUUUGAAGAUGAGCAGCCAUCAACGCUGUCACCAAAAAAAAAGCAACGGAACGGAGGCAUGAGGAACUCGCCCAGCUCCUCGCCCAAGCUGACUAGGCACGACCCCUUGUUAAUUCCUGGCAACGAUCAGAUUGACAACAUGGACUCCAACGUGAAGAAGUAUGACUCCACCGGGAUGUUUCACUGGUGUGCUCCGAAGGAAAUAGAGAAGGUCAUCCUGACCAGAAGUGAAGCCGCCAUGACCGUCCUGAGUGGCCACGUGGUGGUUUGUAUCUUUGGCGAUGUCAGCUCAGCCCUGAUUGGCCUUCGGAACCUGGUGAUGCCACUCCGUGCCAGCAACUUUCAUUACCACGAGCUCAAGCACAUCGUGUUUGUGGGCUCCAUUGAGUACCUCAAGCGAGAAUGGGAGACACUUCAUAACUUCCCCAAAGUGUCCAUAUUGCCUGGUACGCCAUUAAGUCGGGCUGAUUUAAGAGCCGUCAACAUCAACCUCUGUGACAUGUGCGUUAUCCUGUCAGCCAAUCAGAAUAAUAUUGAUGAUACUUCGCUGCAGGACAAGGAAUGCAUCUUGGCGUCACUCAACAUCAAAUCUAUGCAGUUUGAUGACAGCAUCGGGGUCUUGCAGGCUAAUUCCCAAGGGUUCACACCUCCAGGAAUGGACAGAACUUCUCCAGAUAAUAGCCCUGUGCACGGGAUGAUACGCCAGCCAUCCAUCACUACUGGGGUCAACAUCCCCAUCAUCACAGAACUAGCUAAACCUGGCAAGUUGCCUUUGGUAUCAGUCAAUCAGGAAAAAAACAGUGGGACGCACAUUCUAAUGAUAACUGAACUGGUGAAUGAUACUAAUGUUCAGUUUUUGGACCAAGAUGAUGACGAUGACCCCGAUACAGAACUGUACCUCACACAGCCAUUUGCAUGUGGGACAGCAUUUGCCGUCAGUGUUCUGGACUCACUCAUGAGUGCGACGUACUUCAAUGACAAUAUCCUUACUCUGAUACGGACCCUGGUGACGGGAGGAGCCACGCCGGAGCUUGAGGCGCUGAUUGCUGAGGAGAAUGCCCUGCGAGGGGGUUACAGCACACCCCAGACACUGGCCAACAGGGACCGCUGCCGCGUGGCCCAGCUAGCACUGCUGGACGGCCCCUUUGCAGACUUGGGGGAUGGUGGUUGUUAUGGUGAUCUCUUCUGCAAAGCUCUGAAAACAUAUAACAUGCUUUGUUUUGGAAUUUACCGGUUGAGAGAUGCUCACCUCAGCACCCCCAGCCAAUGCACAAAGAGGUAUGUCAUCACCAACCCCCCAUACGAGUUUGAACUUGUACCGACGGACCUGAUCUUCUGCUUAAUGCAGUUUGACCACAACGCCGGCCAGUCCCGGGCCAGCCUCUCCCAUUCCUCCCACUCGUCCCAGUCCUCCAGCAAGAAGAGCUCCUCGGUUCACUCCAUCCCGUCCACAGCAAACCGGCAGAACCGGCCCAAGUCCCGGGAGUCCCGAGACAAACAGAAGUACGUGCAGGAAGAGCGACUCUGAUAUGUGUAUCCACUGCCACCGUGUGUGAAACUGUAUCUGCCACUCAUUUCCCCAGUGGGUGUUUCCAACAGUAACUUUCCUCUUUUUCCCCUGUAGUUCCCCCCUCCCUUUUUUUUUACACAUAUUUGCAUAUGUAUGAUAGUGUGCAUGUGGUUGUCAUUUUUAUUUCACCACCAUAAAACCCUUGAGCACAACAGCAAAUAAGCAGACGGACCAAAAAUUAUUUAUGAUUCUAGGGGAAAGAUAACCCAAAGGCAUGCUCCAGACAUAAAUAGCUCACUGCAGGAAUGAGUUCACCGAUAGGGAGAGCGCACUUGUGAUCAGUGGCAGUUAUGCAAAGCUAGUUUAGUUAAAUGUUGAGGCAAAUUUUAUUCUGAUUUAUUGGGAUUAUCAGGGUGCUUGGGGUUUUGAUUUUGUUGUUAUUUUCCUUUCCUUCUCUCUUUUUUUUUUAAAUGCACACACAAUUAGUUAGCACACAUUUAUGUGGAACAAGCAACAAAAAUGCAUUCAUCAUUUCCUUCAUCAUUUCCUCCAGUCUCUGGGUGGAAGUUUGUGAAGCGUGUGAAAUGCUUUCACCAUUGGUGUAGCAGACCAGGUACCAGCUGGGUAUCACAGGAUAGCUGUUUUUUUUGUUUUUUUUUUUUGGUAACUCACAAGGCCUUUCGUCCCAGAGCUAGCUAGCUUCCUUUGGGGGCUGAAAGGAACAUUUCUAAGCUUACUGUGGAGAAAAUAGUGUUCCAUUCAUGGUGUAUCAGAUUCUAGUCAUUUUGCUUAAGUAAAAAGAGGUUUGAUUGCAUAUUAUAUUCUUAGUAUGUCUCCUAUGCUGCCAUAUGAAUAGCUUUUUUUUUUUUCUUUCACUUUUGACAUUUGGGAUGAAAAGCCAUAUGUAUCAUAAAUAUCAGAUGUAAGUCAUUAAAAACUGCCUUCCUGGGACUUUUACAUCUUUUAAAAGGUGAAUUACUUACCUUAUGUACAGAAUAAAUAAUGCUCAGGAAAGAGCAAGUAUUUUUCCACACAUUCUCAGGGGACCUUUUACUCCCCUUUGUUUGAUUAGAUAGGGCCCCACGCCCAGUGAAAGCCAGGGCUGGGGCUGCCUUAGUGCAAGAGGAAGAUGAACCCAGCAGCAGAUCAUGUUUUUCUAGGAGUUGACAUGUCACAAAUCAGAAUGUAGUAGGCUCUAGCCACCGUUGACUCAGUGGAGAUAAAACCCACCUACCACCUUACGCUAUCGGCACGGCUGUGUGAUCCUGGCUGUCCCAAAGCAGCAAGCUGGUGGGAGGAGUUCCUGUUAUCAAUUUCUUUAACAUAGCCAAUUCAUUUAGGCAGGUGAAUGACGAUAAUAGAGAAUGGCUUCUUGUCAUUAUGGAAUGGGGGAGAAGAGUGCAACAGUGAGCCAAACAUAUUUGGUAUAAUAUAUUUUUCAUUUGUUUUCUUUCAUUUUUUUUUAACAGUGAGUGAGCAUGAAUGGAAAGGUAGAAAAAUGCCCUUUUAUUUCACUAUCCAGUUGUCAGAUAUUUUUUGCAUGCAAAUCAUGCUUUAGGCAAUGCAGUCAUUCUUAAAAACUGGCUAACUCCACCACAACCAAAUUUUUAUAUGGCUGGACUAGCCCUGGGCUGGUAUAUACAUCUCUGAAAUGUUUGCUUUCAAAAGUCCCAUCAAACAGAAUAGGGGUGGAGGGGAGGAGAAAAAUCUCACAGCUGUCCUAUUUCUAAAAAGGUGUUUUUAUGGUGAAUGUUUGGGUUUAGAUUUUGGAUCCCCUGUUCCCUCAAGCAUGAUAGCUUUGGAGAUUUGCUUGCUGUGUGAAUUGACAAGCACUUUUACUGACAAAAUGGUAAGGCUCUGUCUGAACCGCUGCUCCCACACCGAAGACAGGGCCACGUAGAAUUUAAGCCCGUAGUGGGGCAGGGGAUAAUCAUAUACAUAUGUAAUUUAAAAACCCUCUGAGUAGAAGAUUUUUUUUCAAAUUAUUUUUGUCCCAAUAUACAUUGAUUUAUAUAUUAUGUACUAUUAUCUAUCUUUUUUAUAUCUAACUAUCUAUAUAUCUAUAGAUAUAAACACAUAUGUACAUAUAGAUAUAUAGAUACACACACACAUAGCCCCUAGUUUUGGAUCAUGAAGAGCUCUUCAUGCAUUCUUUGCAAAGCAGGUUAUAAAGUUAUGCCCUCAGAACAUUUAUAACUAUAAGAAUGUGCCAGUUAAAGUGCUCAAGAGGAAAUAUGACAGUUUAAAAGCAUUGUAAAACUCACAUAGCUUACUUCUCUCUCUAAAGUGCAACAAGGAUGAAUAGAAUGGGCCAAGGUAUGACAAUUAAUGGUUCUGCAUGACCUCGCCACUGCUGGGGGUUUUCUUCUAUAACGUUGUCCUUGUGAAAACUUUUGUGAAAUUAAAAAAAAAAAAGGAGUUACAAAUUUUA